CAGGAGCUGAGGGACAGAUAACCCCCGGGAAUAAGGGUUGCCUAAGGGCAAAGGAGAUGGGGCUCCCGCGCCCUCGACAGGCGAGGGAAUUGCAGCAGCUGCGACCGUGCGAGCGACACCGGAGGAAACUUCCGCUUCUGCAGUCAUUAAAGGCGAAGGAGGAGCAACCGUAUUCCGCAGCAGGUGUCAGCCCGGACCCACCAGCAAUGAGCGGGAUUUCCAAGCGAGACCCAUCGCUUCCCACGCCACUUCGGGCUAAGCAUCGCGUUGCAAGCUCAAAACCCGCUAGUUGCUGGCAGACACUGCGAAAAGUUUUCCUGGUCGCUCAUAUUUUAAUGUCGUUCUCGGUGAAGAAAACAGUAACCCCAAGUCGGGCGACUUGACCAGGCUGGGUUUGAUUUUUGCAAACGGAAGCAGGCGAGCGCGUGGCUUUGUUGGCGCGUUGUUGCUUAUCUGCGAGAACAUCUUCCGCCCUCCUUGCAUUGUGGGCGCUGUAGUUCCGCCGUGCCUUGCCAAGCGCCGCGCCUCGUCAGAACUACAGUCCCCAGUAGGCACCGGUCCCUCCCCGCCUCGCCUCUCUCCACGUGCGGGAGGCCGCUGGCGCCUGGGGGAGGGCUCUGCUGCGGGAGGCGCCUGCAGAGCUCCUUCCCCGCGCGGCGCUGUGAGGGUCGCGCGCUGCUCGGGGAGAGGAUGGCGGCGAGGUGCUGCUGGCGAGGCGCCUGAAUCCGUGCACUGGGAGAGCAAGAGGCAAAAGGUAGGAGAAGGGGCCGGGAGAGCCGGGGGGCGGCGGGCCUGGGGCGGGCGCAGGGACCAGCCUGGUUAGCCAGAGGGAAAUGUUUGGGAUGCCACCUGGGAGAUGCAGGGUCACCAAGGGCUCUGUCCUGCAAAAAACGCAAAACCCCCAUGCUGCCUAACUAGGUUCGUCCUAGAAAGAGAAGGGGAACUUGUUGCUCCCACGCUUGCUGCAGUUUUUGAUACUCUGUGCAAAGGAGCAUAGGUCAGGUGUCUCGUCCACGUUGCUCCUGUGACAAAUGUAUGUUUUGACACCUGGGAAGCGGUGUAUGGGGUAGUAAAACUUGUCGCGGCCACACCUCGCCGCGCGUUUGAGGGGGUGGUUUUUUUUAAAAAAAAAUUAAUGUAUGCAUGCCUUUAAAACGUGUAUGCCAGCCGCUCCUUUCCUCUGAAAAAGCUGAAGGUGGCUUAUGACAAGGGGUGAAAGUAAACAUAGGAGAACGAGAUUACGAAAAUCUCAGAAUACAAAAGCAGAUAUGAAGCAGCAAUUAAAAUAACUGGCCGCCUUCCACCUGUGGAAACAAUUCCUUGCAACAAGUUAAAAGCAAAACACACACACACAUUUCAUGCUCCCAAAGCAUUUCUAAACAGGAAGGUUUUAGUGGUAAAGUCUUUCUAAACAAGAAGGUGUUAGUAGUAAAUAAAUCCUGAAACGGUGCUUGUUUACAGUGCAAUCCUAACAAUGCUUAGAAGUAAAUCCCAUUGUGCUUACAGAUAGGCUUCCUGGUUUUUAGGAUGGCAGCUUUAAACUAUGGAAGAUCUGUAACCCAUAGUAAUAUAUACCAAACUCUGCUGUUAAGUGGGGAGCGGGGCUCAUUUUUAAUGACUGCGGCUGUGGAAUACAGUACUGGUGUUCUCCUGAUGAGCCUACAGACCAUUAUGUAGUCCUCCAGACCUAUGCUUUUUUUGACAAUAAUUGUUAUAAAGUAAUGUAGAUGGUGAUAUAUUUGGUCAGACUGGACCCCCCCCCCUGCAGUUGGCACUCCCAUACAACUACAACUCCCAAAGCUAAAUUUAAAAAAUCCCUGUUCAUUGGCCCUAAAAUAGAGAACUCUUCUAGAGGUUUUUCAUCUGAAGCUGGUUCACCACCUAUUAGGGAUGCUCUAGCAUGGGAUUUUCUGCAUUGAGAGGGUUGGGCUACAUGACUUUUAGAAAUUCAGCUCUCUGAAUCUUGGCCUUUAAUUGUAUGUAGCAAGCACAAUGUACAUUCCCCCUCUGCUGAAGAGAAUGUGUGCGCACACAAGCAAUUGUAUGUAAAUAUUAGUAGGGUUAAUUGCUGUAGUUCUCAUGACCUGGUAGUGGAGCAGCCGUCUACUGCAUUGGUGUUUAUAACAUUCCAAGGGAAUAAGCUGUGCAAUAAACCACAUGUGACUAGCUGGCUGGCUUGCUUUACAUAUUUGGGUGAGAGCUGAAUGUAAUAUUACAGCUGCUUAAACUACAUCAUAGAAUACAUUCAGAAAAUCUCAGGCUGAGCAAUUCUAACCAGGUAGAUUCUGUUGCAUGUCACCCCAAUCUCCAAGCAAGAUGAGAUUCCAGGGGUACCAGGCACUCUUACCAGGGUCUGUGUUUCCUUUUGGGCAGUGAGACACAGUGGAGAUUGUGGUGUCUUUAUGACAACCUCUAUAUACCCAUAUAUAUCUAACCCUUUAUUGAAUCCAUAUAUUUUAGGUGAGUCUAGCCCCCCCCCAAAUUUAUAGAAAUAUGUUAGUGUACCUCCUGUGUGAGAUAAAACUGCAACCUAGCUGCUUUUCGCCAGGGUUUUUUUGGGGAGGUGGGGGAGGUGGUGCACCUCAACUUCUCCCAGCCAGUUUAUGUGGGGUUAGGAUUACAAAAAUGUUAGCAGGAGUUGGGAAACUUAAUUUUUGAAGGGAAUUAAUGAAGUAUCUUUAUAGAUAUAGCUGAAAAAAGAGCGUAAGUGGGGUGGGGGUGGGGCAGAUAAAAGAAACCAUCAAAACAAAAAACCUAUAGGGGGAAAAUCCAGAAGGAGCAAAACAAAACCACAUAGUAGCAGGGUCAAGGUAUUUUCAAAUGAGAAUGGAAAAACAAUGGCAGAUAAAAUUGAUCUCCUGGAGCACCACCAAAGGGAAGGUCUGUUCCCUUUUACACGCCAACCAUACUUCUAAUGGUGGUGAGAUACACAGGAAAGUUUUUUACUCAGGCCUAAGUGGAUGGCAGAGUAUGGUAUUUUGCAGUAAAACCAUUUAUGUUCCAUCCAGCACUUUGAAUUUGACCCAGAAACAAAUGGGCAACCAAUACAGCUGAUGUAAGAGAGGAGCCAUGGCCGGGGGGGGGGGGGGGGGGGGUUUACUGAAAUUCACAAGCUUACACUAUGACCAGUAGAAGUUGGCAUAGCCGUGCCAUAGCAGUUGUCAGUAUAGCAGAACAAUAGGCUUGUCCCACCUAAUUGUAAAAUAAAACGUUAUUAUGGUAUGCGUGCACUAUUCCUUUUAUUAACUUGUAGGAAUGAUAAUGCUCAGACCUUUAAUAACCUUUGAUCAAGAAUGGUAGUUUUUUUCCCCUUCAUUUCCUUUUAUUUCAGGACUAUGCAUGUGUCGCAGUGGUGUUGUUUUUUAAAUAGUUGCUUAUUGAAAGUGAUGGUGCUGACUCAAAUGAGCAUGCAAUGGCAUGACUCUGCAGACUUUACUCCCCAGUGUUUCAAAGAUCAAAUAAGGUAACAGCUUGCUAUCUUCUUUUACAGAAGGGUUUACUGAAAUUCACAAGCUUACACUGUGACCAGUAGAAGUUGGCCCAAUAAAAUAUAGACCUUUUAAGUUUCUGUGGAGUUCUGGGUUGUUGUUUUUUAUUUAAUUGUAAAAUGUGCCUUAUUGGAGUUUUACUUUUAUUUAAUAUUUUGGUUUUCUUUUGUCAGUUUUUAAUGCCAUUUUUACUAGCUGCUGGAGUCUCAGCAAGUGCCCUACCAUGAAACUUUAUUAGCAAUGCAGUUGUUUGUGCGUUUAGUCAGAAAUACAUCCCACUAUGUUCAUUUGGACCUGCUUGUGGGUGAGUAUGCAUAGGGUUGCAGCUUAGACUCAUUAAAUUGAGACAAUACUGUAAAUGCCCUCUCAAACACCAUGCUAGUAUUACAUGUUCACUACAUUGCGUUGUGUCAGCGUUCUAACAUGUAGUGCUUAAUUUUUUAAAAAAGACAGUGUCUUAUCACUUGGACACAGACACAGCCAAAUUGGGAACCUCCUGGCUUCCUUGGCUAUUACAUCUCUGUAUGUAAGAUAUUGAUGGUGUGUGUGCGUGUUUGUUUCAUAAAACAGGCUCACAACGUAGUAUUCAGGGAGCAUUAUAAUAAGGUCUGGGGCAGUGGUAGACCUAGGGCAUAUCCACAAUCCAGUUUGGGCUUCAAGCAGCAUUACAUAUAAACCCAACAAAGUUACUAGCUCACAAAUAGCCUGGAAGAGAAUAAAAGUAUCAACUCACUCCCCCCCCCCCAAAGCAACCCUGUGGGGGUCAGCUGGAGGCAAUUGAUUUUUAUUUAUUUUUUUGCUACAGGUGAGUUGGUUAAGUUUAAUUUUCAAGCCUGUAUUAGAGAAUAAGAAUGGAGGUGUUGUCAGCAGCAGCAUGGCACCCUAUUUAUAGUUGUUUUAUAGAAGAUAAAAAAGGCUUAGUUGUGGUGUAUUUUCAUGCAGAUAAAAUGUUUGAGGAGCAAAGACCAAGUGAGAACCAGGGCAAUAAAACAAUGAUUUUUUUUUUUGAUUUUUUUUAAGAAUGUGUGUUUUCCUAAGUGUAGAUGAUUUGGCUACCACCCUGUUAGUUGUAUUUCUAGCUCUUGAAGCUAAGGAAAUCUGGUGCUUGGUAGCACCUGGGAUGGAGAACUGUAAAUCUCAUAGAUACUGUCUCUGAACUCCUUGGAGACAGAAUGGGAAGCAAGUGUAAUACAGGUGAUACUGACACAAUCUGACGAAGUAAGGCUUGAUUGAGUCUCUAUUUUUCUUUUUAAAAAUGUUUUAUUAAAGAUUUUCUUGGUUUACAAAAGUAAACCAAGCCUUGGCUCUCUUUUUCAGGUUGUGCAGUCUUUUCUACAGAUCGUUUACAUUUGUUAUGAGACAUUAGUGUUGAGUACAGUAUAAGGUCAAGACAAAGAGAGUGGGGAGAGGGGUGGUGGUGGUGAAAUUUAUAUUUUGUACAGUGUACGUGUGGGGUUUUGUGUCAGUGUCAACUGGAUAGGUUCUCCUUCUAUUCACUUGUUACAUUUCCUGGGUCGUGAGAGGGAUUGGGGGCCCAGGGUGUGGUUGGUUGUCUGUGCUUGGCUGCAGUGGGGUUUGUUUGCAUUUGUAAGUGGGGGAAGGCAUGUUGGGUCAGGUAAGCCAGAUUGAUUUGUGUGCUUGAUUGAGUUUCUAAAUCAAGAUGACAACUUUUAAAAUGUGCUUUUGGCCAAAUACCCACAGCAACAGUGAGAUAAAAUUCAGCUGAUCUGAGUUACCAGCAGUAAAAAUAAGAUGAUCUAAAAUAACAUGAUAUAUUGUAGAAUGCUCUCCCCUGGGAGACUCACAUGCAGCCUUCAUUACAUAUCUUUAGGUGCCAGGCAAAUGUUUUGCAUUCUCGUUUUGUAUUUUUCUGUUGUGAACGGCCAUGUGAUCUUUGGAUGAAGGGCAGUAUACAUUUUUAAAAAAUCACUAAUGACUGGUUCCAUUUUGAUGGUGUUAAGAAGAGAGAAUUUAAGUCUUCAGAAUGUACCGAAAAUGGUUUCUAUAAUACCAGUACAAACAACACAUCUGCCACCAGAUCUCUAGCUACUUUGGUCAGGAUCCAAAGUGUCACAUAUUCCCCCCCUUACACAAAUUUCAUACACAUCUGCUGUUCCAGUGGCAACACUGUACACCUCUAGAAAGUCAAACCUGAAAGGUCCAAAGUGCGUUUUGUCUCUUGGAGGGAAGGGGAUUAUCAGCUAGUUCACCUCCUACAGAGCAGUGUGGUGUUCUGCUUGCUCACCCGUAAGAUUGCCCUAAUCCACUAUAACGCUGUCCAAACAGAAGAGAGAUGUUUCCUCUGUAUGACCUGUUGACAGAGCAGAAAAACCUGACUGUCAAAUGGGGUGGAGAGGGGGUCCAGAAAAAUGCAUGUCUUAGCAGAGUGUAUAGCUCUGAGAGUUUUCAAAUGGAGUUGCAGAAAUUGGACAUACUUGGAUGGUACCCUGAAUCAUAGGUUUUCAACCUUUUUGAGUCUACUGCUCCCUUGGCCAACUACCUUCUUUCUGCGGCACCCCUGUGGAGCCCAGUUAUGUCACCCCUUGCCUGCAGAGCUGGCAGCCUCUCAACCUUUUUCCGAACACCCUCCCUUGGGAGUCCUCCCUCAGCCUCUUCUCUUCUCCCCUCUCCUUGGAAGUCCUCUGGGCAGCUGCUCCUGCCUCCCUUGGCACCUGAGCCCACCACCGAAAACUGCUCAGGAGGGUCAGCUAGCAGGGGUGGAGAGAGAGAGAAGGGAGAUGCUUGGACAAUCACAUUAGCAUGACAUUUAAUUCCACCCAUUGCAUUAAUCAGUGGGUGACCAAGUUCCACUGGGACUUGCCCACCCUGCUCCCAGGAAGAACAUCACAGUGAGGGGGAGACCAGCCUGGCACCAUCUGCUUGCUGGCCAAGGAAGGAGCAGCUGCAAUAGGUUUUUCCCCUUGCCUCCCUGGCAGAAAGAGCCUUUGCUACAAAUGCUAGUUGCCUUGCAAGGGUAAAGGAUACCUGCGACCCAUCUAUUGGUCAGAGGCACAAGAGCCACCAGUUGCUAUUAAGGCAAGAACUCCUGCAGGGGAAUGUCAUCCUGGGAUUGAGAGCUGGAUACAAAUGCCCACUUCUAGCUCACGACUUUAUUGUGGCCGAUAGAAAGGAGACCUCUCCCUCUCCCUCUCCCUCUCCCUCUCUUUCUUCCUUCCAUUUCCCUUUGCUCAUUUGAUUGUUUAGUUUGUAAGGCUGAUCUUUCAUUUCUUUAAUUGAUGUAAGUUGCUUUGGAAGGCAACAACUGUCAAAAAUUAGUACAUUAUAAGAAACUAAAGAUUGAAAAUUGAAUGUUUAAUGAGCUAAAUGUGAACCUGUUGAUCCUGAAAGCCAAGAGGAAGUAAUACCAGCUGAUCAAUUAUAGGGGGUUGCCUAUAACCAGUGGGCCUGUGGGCCAGAUUUUUCUCAGCAUAGUGUUUCAGAACACAACAGCUGUCAUAGAAGUUCAGUAUCCUUUGAAUAAUAAGGAUGUUAAAACAGCCUGAAUGUGAUGUUGCAGGGGGUUGCUAGUAGAAACUAGCAAAUAUUAUUUAUUUACGUUUUUUAUGUCCCAUUUUCCCCAUUUUACUGGUGAAAGCCAGCUUGCAAAUAAGGUAGGGUUGCCAUAUUUCAAAAAGUGAAAAUCCGGACAGAAAAGUUGUGGUGUUGUGGUUGUUUUGCCCAAAGUUGUUGAGUGUUUGGCAACUGUAAAUAAGGACAAUAUCCAUAUUACAAUUGGAGGAAGAAAAGCAUCAAAUAUUGUAAAACUACAACGACGACCCCACCCUAAAGCAGCAGAAGAAAUUCUCCUGAAGAAGUGUAGGAGAAUAGCAGCAACUCCACCGGAGUGAGUGAUACCGAUUAGACACCAGGCAGGCAUCUCUGGAGAGCGUGUUCCAAAGGUGUUGAGCCACCAGGAAGAAGGUCCCGUCUCUGGUACUUCCAUCUGCUUCGUUGAUGAUUGUUCACUGGGCGGGGGGGUGUAUGGAGUUGUUGCAGAGAGAACAACUUAGAGAAGGGUGUCUUAUGUUAGUCUAAAUGAUUGAAUGCGCACAUAUGAGAGAUGCUGGACUUGUGGAUAGGCUGGCCCCAGGCAUGUGGGAUUUUAUGAGCUGCCCCAAACCAGCACUUUGGCCAGUUUGGUUCAGUGCAAAUUGUGGGAACAUUGGAAGCUGCCUUAUACUCAAUCAGACCAUCAGUCCAUCCAGCUCAGUUGCAUUGUCUUCCUUGUCUGAUGAUGGCUGUCCAGGGUUUUCAGGUCUCUCUUACAGUUCCGGCAUAAUAUGCUCAUAUAUAUCUAUACACAUACACUUUAUCUGGCCUUUAUACUGUAUCUCAGGGUGGGUAACAGUAAUUCAGGAAAACAACCAAAACAGAAUGAGGCCAUAAAACACAUACAUAAGACCAUUCAUUUCCACACUGCUGAAUGAAUUCCAGUCAUGUAUCAAAUGCUUGCAUGGCCAGCCAUGUUUCAUUGCACUGAAGCCCCCCGUUCAGAGCCUCUUCACAACCACUUGAACCAGCUGAAAAACCCAAUUGGUCUUGAAAAGUAAUUUCAUGUAUGAUGCAUUCCAGUCUAACCUGGUCAGUAGUUAAUCAUAAGUAUUAACCACUGUUAUUGCCACUUAUUCCUUAUUCAGAGCCUGUGUGUUACAGCAGCGGCAGUGUUAGAUUUGUAUGGCUGGCAAACUUGGUUCUUAUCCUUGCUCAGUUACGAUGUGACCAAGGUGUCCUUUGGGUAUUUCUCAGCCCACCUACCUCGCAGGGCUGUUGUGAGCCUUAAAGAAACCUCUGUUCUAAGCUGCUUGGAGUAAAAGAGUAGAAAACAGUAGGGAUGAUGCCAGUAUUUACCCUUCAUCGCUUCCAAAUGUAUCAGUCCAGCUGAAUAAACUCUGCUUCAGCAUUUCUUGGUUUUUUGAAGUUCUGAUCUGGCAGCCUUCAAGCAUUCAGUUGAAAUGGUCACAGGCACCAUGUGGAAGUGGACUUAAAAGGCAUUGCAGUGGCAGCAGGGGGGCGGGAACCAGAGUGUUGUUUGUUCUCUUAGAUUUGUAGCUACAAAAUUAACUAAAUUCCUAGCCAGAUGAUGGGGGUAUUAGUUUGCAAUGUUCCAACUAGGAAAUUUGAUGUGGUGCCAAACUCUCCUUUUUCUGCAGACACACCUAUGCGUGCUGGAGGCUUUUCUGUGGCCAAGGGACAGGGAUGCUGUGAAAAGAGCUCCUCUCUCCUACAACUGAUUGAGACAACGUGGGCGAGCCAUGUCUGCUGAGGCCGAAAACCCCGAAAAGCAACCCCCCGACCCACCCCCGGACCCACGCUGGAAGCUCCUUGUGUUCUACCUCUGUUUCUAUGGCUUCAUGAACCAGAUCAGACCUGGAGAGAGCUUCAUCACACCCUACCUGUUGGGGUCGGAGAAGAACUUCACAAAGGAAGAGGUGAGCUCAGGGGAGAGUUGCAGAAGGCCAAAGGGAGCCCUGGCGCGUGAACGGAGCAAGUUUUCCCGAGUAGCUCCUGGUCUGGGGCAGUAGGCUAGGGAUGGCUGCUUCUCCAUCCCCAUAUCCUUCCUGUGUGUGCUGGUGGGAAAAUUGAGAGGUGGAAGUGGAUCAGUGGGUGGCCCAUGGGGAGGAGACGGGUGGCUGGGAUGUGCAGAAGACAGGUGGGCAUAGGCCUCCUGCCGUGCAGCUACACAUUAGGAGACACGUCCAAACAUUGAGGGCUUAUCCACACUUACCUUUCCCCAGCUCUUUCCAGCCACGGCCUGCGAUUUAAAGCUCUGUGUCAGAGCACUUUUUCCCUUCUUCGUAGCUUUCCCCAUGGAAACCUGCUCUUUAAAGCUCUAUUGGAGCAAACAGCAAUUGGAGGAAAACCCAAAUAGACGUUUACUCCAAUUCAGCUUUAAAGAGCAGGUUUUUGCAGUGAAAGCUUGGGGCAAAACAACAAAAGGUCAGUGUGGAUAAGCCCUGAGCUGUCAGCAGCACAGACUGGCUUGGGAGAUGGUGGGCUCUCGUUUGCUUGAGGUAUUUAAGCAGAGGCUGGAUGACCAGCUCAGGGAUGUUGAGGCUGCAUCCUGCAUUGUAGAGCCUACGCUUAGUAGAGUGUCCGACAAAGUAACCUUCACUGUCUUUCCAGUGCCGUAAUUCUGUGAUUCUGGACAUGAAAGGUAGUGAGAGAAGAGGCUUGUGCUGAGCCAGUGCCAGCGUGUGCAGCCCUUGCCAUGCAGCAUUGCAUGCCCGAUGGGAAAUGGAUUGUGCUUCACGUAGUUAAUAAAGUAAUGAAAAUCACUGGGAAAGUGUUUUAUCAUUUGGUCACAGUGCUGCAGGGUGCCAAUGUGCUUCUUUUUUUAAUUAAAUGCAACCAAAAAGAACUUCAUCCUGUUGCCUGCCUACCUGUUGCCUGUUUAACAGGUUGAGUUUGUAAGUGAAUUGUUCAGCUGGGUUAGCUAAGUAAGCAUCUGAAUUGUCUGUUCACUGUGAACUGUUGUAACAAUGUAAGAUCUUUUUGCCCAGGAAGGAAGCAACGUGUUGAAAUGCAUUGGGCUUUCUCUCUCUCUCUCUCUCUCUCUCUCUCUCUCUCUCUCUUCAAAUGCUGCAUUGUUUUAAGAUUCCCCCUUUGUUGUUCCUUUUCCCGUUCAUUCCAUCCAUCCUUAGUUUUUUCUUUGCUUUGGAUCUAGCACUUUUGGGUGGCUGGGUACCUAUGGGAUAUGGGACACAGCGUUCCUUCCUGCUGGCAGAUGGCAUCAAAGUGUAUCUUUGCCCCUAACUUCAACUAAGGAAUUACUCAGCAACUUCAGUUUCAACCAUGGCCCCCAUUUCUUCCACAAUCUGCUCCUGGCUAUUCUCUAGUAGUUUCAGCAACAAGUGGUGCUCUCUGCCAGGAGACAGAGGGCAUCUUGGGAGAGUGCAGCGAUAAUGGAAAGGAGGAGGGCAGUGAAGUGGUAUAAAUUGCAGGGCAUGUGGAUGGCCCUGAUUCUCAUAAAUCUAGUGAAAUCUCUUGCACAUCUUAGCCAGCUCUCAUUGACUUGCUUUGGACACCACACCAAACCAUGUUUUCGACACAGUUAGGAACUCAAGCACUCCCUGAUCCCAUUCAUGGCAAUUCCCUGCCUCUUUUUCCUGGUUUGAGGAGAGCCAUUUAAUCCCACCUGGCAAACUGGUUUUCAAUCCCAGGGCGAGCUCAUACCAUAGAUGAGUUUUUGGACUAAAUGGUCCAAACUACUGUAUGCUCUGAACCAGAGUAGGAGGCAGGGGAUCACCAUGCAGAACUGGAGGAGAAGGAGGGAGUAUGUUAGCACAAGACUCCAGGGUCCUCAUUCACAAUAGGGCAACCUACCAUUUGGCAUUACCACUGAACUGCCCCAAUUCUCUGGCUUGAUACCUUGGUUGGUAGCCUUGAUCUGUCAAUAAAACCUCAAGCUUCCAAGACAUGCAAACAUUUGCUCCUUAUCUAGAAGUAACAGGCUAAGGUGCAGGGUUGUUAACUGAAGCUUCUCUCUGAGAUAGUGAAGCACUGUUGACCUGUUACUUCCAGUAAGUAAACAUUGGGACUGUCCAGGGCUCAUGAAUAGAGCCAAACCUCCUUGUGUGUGUGACUUGAACAGAAUUUCAGGGAGAGGGUUCCACAGCAAGGAAGUAUAUGUUUCUGCUCAAAGGAGAUGGGGGUACUGCCAUUCUUCCUCAAGUGACUUUUGAGGAUGAAUACACCCUGGGGACUUUAUUCCACUCAGUUACAAUUACAGUCAGAACUCUCAUUUUUGCUGGAGGAUAAUUGGUGUGUGUGGACUGUGGAGGUGGUGAAGAGAGGGGAGAUUUGAGGGUGUGAUUUACAAAGUAAAGAACUGAACAUUACCAGGUAGUAAAUGCCUAACAAGGAAUCAAACUGAGUAUUAGAACAUUAAUUUGAUAUAAACGUUUUAGUAUUUGCUUUUUCUACUGAUGUCUCAUUUAAAAAUGACAAAUGGAUCUAAUCACAGAUUUCAAUAUUACAAAAAGCCACAUGCUGAAAUCAUUAUCUUGGGAAUGAUCCUAUUGCGCAAAAGAAAAAUAGCAAGUCUCGUCAGUUUUCAGCAGAGAGUUCACCAUAUGUUUGAGUCUUUUCCAUUCAAAUCAUUGGGAUUUUAAAAAUCAGAUCAUGCCCUAAUACAGGGGUCCCUAACCUUCUUAGGCCCACAUAAACAAUUGCAAAUUUAAUAAAUUGCCAUUGGCACCACAGAAUUCCAGUUUCACGGAAGAAAAAUGGGCAAAGCUUGUGCAUCCCCCCCAAAAAAAAUACAAUAGGCAAAGCAGCUGCAGAAACUCCAAAGCAGGCAAAAAAAAAAAAAAAAAAGCAGGCAACACCUCCCAAAUAUAGGCAAAAUCCACAUACCCCAAACAAAUGAAAAGUGGGCAAAACAUCUCUCAAACACUUCCCCCAUCCAAAAAAAAUCAGUUAAAGCACACAACCAAACCAAAGAUCAUGCCGAACACCCCCUACGUCAUGCACAGAGGCAUUCUGGGGACAUUUAAGUCAGAAGGUGAAGUGUCUAGAUGGCCUGCAAAGUGCUUUCCACUUUCGCUCAGUGCCACUUUCGCUCAUGUGGAAAAUAAUUAUCCUCAAAUUGAAAAGCUGAAAAGGGUGAGAAUCUUGGUGGGUACCAAGGGAGUUUUGAGAGUGCCGUGGUGCUUAUGGGAGGACGCCAACCCUAAUGCAUUGGAAGACCCACUGCCAUGACAGAUACAGAAAUACAGAUCAUACUCGGGGAAGGCUGAAGUUCCCCCUGCUUAAUUUAAUGCUACACUCAGUUUCAAUUGUUCGUUUUGUACAGUUGCAAUUUUAGUACAAUUAUUUUCCCUUGGUCUUUCCAAAUAAUGAUAUAAAAAUGUCUGUGCUGGUGACCUCCCACAUUUUUCAAAGAGUAAAUAUUCUAAACUUAUUGUAAACUUACAUUUUUUAUUAUUUUUUUGUUCAUGUUUUGGACAUAAUAAAUGAAUUAAAAAUGCUUUCAGUUGGCUAGUCUGUCCACUAGCCAACAGCGCUUCUGCUUUUUUUUUUUUAAAUCUAGCAAUUAAAAAAGCACCCUUCACAAAGGUUGUAUGGAUUUCUCUGUUAUUGGCUUUAAGGGGGAGGGGAGAAGUCUGUUUUCCACCCCCCCUCCAAUUCUGAGAACUCUGAACUGCCUUACAGAAUAUGCGUUGGGAUUGCAACAGCCUUGCUGAACUUAACUCUCUGACCUGCUAACCUAAUUUCCUUGUGGUUUAUGUUUAAACCAUCUAUCUCUCCCUUUAGCAAUGAAUAAUUUCUAUUUUCUGUCCUCAGAUGCUUCUCUGGGACAUGGGGCAGCUCUCAUCCCACACAGGCCUGGCUGGGAGAGGUGACAGGGAGGCAGCCUGCAUACGUACAUGAUCACGUAAUUCUGCCUUCCAACUUUGCCCUUUUGGAAGGGCCAAAGCUCAUAGACAUGGUGAUUACUGUGUGAGCAGUUUCUUUACAUGCUGAAAGGAGGGGGCGGGGGGGGGGGGGAAGACUUAGGCACUCUUUCUCUCAUUUUUUUUGCCCCAACUCAUCUCUUAACAUUUUUGAUGUUCACUGGAGCAAUAAACCCUGGCCCGAAAGGAGUCUCCCAUUUUCCACAUGGGGGGGGGGGGGGCAUGGAUGGUGUGAAAGCAAGAAAGGCCAUUUCAUGGCUCUCACUCGAACUUUGUGUAUCCUUCCAAGCCUCUCCCAGCCUAAAAGACUAGGAGAUUGAAGGAAGGCAGUGGAUGACACUGAUGCCUUGCUAGUGAUAGGCUGAAAUAGGUUGAAUUCAAUGAGGUGGUACUUUGAGACAUAUUGCUGGACUAGGGUAAAAAAUACGGUUCCAGCACAUGAGAGUAGACACCGAGCAGUUCCUAGAGCAGGAGGAAUUGUGGGGCCACCUCCAUAAUUAUUGCCCCAGAGCAGAGAUUUCAACCCUGUGUAUUGGCUCAGCCUGUGACCUCUAUGUGUUCACAUUUCCCAAACUCAUUGAACAGAAAACCCAACAGAAACUGCCCAUAAAUAGACAAGUUAUUCAAAUUGGCUUACACUGCGUCCUUUACAUUGGCUGAAAAUGGAGGGGCAACUGCUUCUUAGUCAUUCAUAGCUGGUGCCAGCUUUUCCCAACUCGUAUUAUCUCCCCAGUUCCUCUUCUAACUCUUCUUACUUUUUCUUUUUAAUGGAGUUGUCUCUUUUCCCCAUUGGUUCUGCUCCUCAUUUUGUUUGAUGUAUGUUCCUCUCCUCCCCUUGCUUGCCUUUUCACCCACUAACCAGGCCUGCCAUCUUCUGACCCUGAAACUGCUUCUGUGUAGAAUGGAAGGUUACACUGGAGUGGGGGGCUCUAAGAAGGUCUGGCAAGGGAGGGUCUGCUAAGUGCUUGGAUGACAGGCCACCUGGCACCCCUAUGUAUCUCCAUGAUGAAAGAAAGGUGCAGUAUAAUAAAUGGACUAUAUAAGCCAACAAUUUCUGUGCAGCCCUCUCAGGAUCUAGGACUAGCUGCCUUACAAAUUUCAAUAUGAAGAUAAUAGAUGCUCCUAUAGAGCAAGCCCAUGCACUUUAAAAAGAAGAACUGUGGUCAGGAUUGCAGAUUUGCCUUCGAAAUAUAGCAAAACAGUCGGGAUGGCUCAAGUGUUAACUAAGGAUUUGUGGAUUUUCUUCCAGGCACACCAAUUUAUGUGCAAACCAUACACAAAUGCCUGCAGUUUUAUGGUCUGGGUAGCAUUUAAAACAAAACUUGACAGGGUGGUUGUGCCAAAUGUUCCUUGUGGCACCCAUCAUAAUGUUUUGUCUCUCCUGACGGGGCAAGUGAAUUUAACCUUCCGUGAGUCCUGUUCACGAGGCUGUCCCUUCCGCACCUCCCCCCACUCAUUGGGAGAAAGCUUUAUUUAUUUUUUUGGUCUGUGUCCUAGCAGGGCAGCUCUGGCCAAGGAUCAGAGUCCCUCCUGCUGAUUUGUUUCCAUGGCUAGAAAACAGCAAGUUCCAAUCAAAAGAGGCUAGAAGAAGCUUAGCUGACCUCCUUAGCAAGGGACCUCGAAGGGGGGUGGUCUGCUUUUGGGCUCCCAACGAAAGAAGGCGCUCAAGAUGUUUUGUUUUUGCAAGACCAAAUAUUUGUAAUUAGGCGACUGUGAUCAGCAGGUGCCUUUCCAGAAAUUGAGGGGCCCCCAGGACAUUUUGCACAGUUUAGCAGAUUUGAGUGUCACCAGCACCUUGCCUUCCUUGAACCAGCACACAGUGCUGUGCUUGUAUUAGUAUGCUUGCCUGCUCUGUGCCCUGUGUAAAGUGUUCUCAGUGCAUUGCAAAAUGAUACCGGAAAACAUGUGAUCAAAAUAGUGCAGGGUUAUGACUCCCAAAGUUGGUUGCAGUGAGAGCCUCUCCUAAUUUAAAAGCAGUCAUGGUUAAGGAAAGCCAGUUAAUCCAAAAGGAGGUUAGCAACACAUUCUGGCUGAGGUUGAACUCCCUCUAAAGAACCAAGUUUGCAGGCUGCGAGGUCUGUCCAGACACUAUACAAAUCAAUCUGUGGAAGGACAGCCAGCAGUGGCUAGGAGUGCCCUUACCAGCCUUGGGUGUUACAGCAGCCAAAGACCCUCUCUUAGUGUGACAAAUCUUGCCUCAGUUACCCAUGCACUGGUUACCUCCAAACUAGACUACUGCAAUGGGUUUUAGGUAGGGCUUCCUUUGAAGAUUGUUUGGGAACUUCAAGUAGUGCUAAAUGCCAGCUGCCCAGAUGUUAGUUGGGAUAAAGCAAUCAGAACAUUUUGCUUCAGUAUUAUAUCAGCUGCACUGGCUGCCAGUUUGUUUCCAGGCCCAAUUCAAAGAGCUAGUUAAAAUUAAGUUUCUUGAAGGACCAUCUGUGCCCAUAUGUACCUGCCUUGGACCUUCCUAUUGACCUCAGUUCAUAGAUCUAUCAGUGGGUAAAUUAGAUUGGCAGCACAUGUGAUAGGGAUUUUUUUUGUGGUGUGCUCCUGUUUAAGAAACUCCCUUCCCCAAGGCUUUUAUUCUACUCCCUGCUUUUUUAAAAUUGUAUUUAUUUUAUUUUAAGCCCAAAUGUCUAAGACAAGCUGGAGUGACUGGCAUCUUGUGCCAGUAAUGAGGGGCUUAGCUGUAGUGCAUCUGUGCUAUUUGUCGCUCUUGUUUUGUAUUUAUGAGUUAAAUAUUUAUUGAUUUUAAUUGCAUGGUUAAUAAAGUUUUUUUGUACUGCUUUGACUUAUUAUUCUAAGCUGUUUUGGGCAACACAGAAAUAGCUUACAUAUAUCAGUAAAAAUGGCUGAGCCAACAGUAACAAGUCACCUAGGACAAUUCACCCUUGCCUGCCUUCAGCAAGCAAGUAAAGGAAACUUCACUGUGAACCAUGGACUACUUAGUAAUGCCUAGGUGGCUUGGUAAACUGACCCGGUCGUAAAGUUAUUACUACAGUAAAAUGUCAGGUCAUGCAUUUUGGAAGAUGGAAUAUAGGUCAGAGCGAUUACAGCUUGAUGAACCAUAGAAUUCCAUGUGGGUUUGCUGACUAAGGUUAGUAGUGAGAGCAUACGAAGUACUGAGUGUGCUUUUCCAGACAGAGUUUGGAUGUAUUAACUUGGAGUUUAAAAAAUUUAACAUUGUGUCUGACGGCAGAACGCUGUGCAUGCAGAUUAAAGCCACCAUUUCUUCAGCUGUUCCAGGCUCUCACUUAAAGAGUGACUUGGAAGAUCUACAACAUGGGAUUUAGAGCAUAGUCCUAAUAAUCAUGCCAAUCUCAUUUCGUAGAUAUGCAAGCACCGGGGUCAAGGGCCAUAGCUCAGUGGUAGAGCAUGGUCCCAGUUUCAAUCCCUGGCAUCUCUUGAUAGGACCGGGAAAACCUGUGGCUCUCUAGGUUUUGUUGGACUAGAAUGCCCAUAAUCCCAGACCAUUGGUCAUUAGCUGCCCUUCUCUGGUGCAGACAAUUACUGAACUAGAUGGGCUCGAUAUAAGGAAGUUUCCUAUGUGGGGUUGCUUUUGGAGUUCCCAUCAGUGCAAUCACUUUGGGUGGCGUUGGGGGCUUAGCUUGUGGAGAUUGGGCCAUAUUGCACUUGUGGACCCUUGGAUUAUGGCAGAACACACACAACACAAAAUCUAGACUGCUGUCUCUUGUAUUAGCCUCUUGCAUACACACUGGGGUGGUUGUGUUGAAGCCUCAUUGAUUUACCAUGUGCUGUUGCUUUAAGAGGUGGCAUAUAAGGCCUCUGCACAUCUUGCUCAGCAAAAGAAAUGUAGGAAGAGAGCUCCAAAUCAGUGGUUGAGGGAGAAGAGGGAUUAGGUUGUUUGACUACAAGUAUAAUGAGAAUCUUUGUUCCUAACAUCUGGGAGUCUCAAACCCAGCUUUGGGUUGGCAUCACUUGGGGCUUUGAGGGGCAGCGUGUACAUAGUUUUGUUGUUUGCUGUUGGAAGGCGUUGGAAUUGCUUUGGUUUCUCUCUCGCAGGUAACCAAUGAAAUCACACCUGUGCUGUCCUACUCAUACAUGGCUGUCUUGGUGCCCAUCUUCCUGUUGACCGACUACCUGCGGUACAAGCCGGUGCUGGUGCUGCAGAGUCUGAGCCACAUUGCCAUCUGGCUGCUGCUGAUCUUCGGGACCAGCAUCCUUGCCAUGCAGUUCAUGGAAUUCUUCUACGGCAUCACCAUGGCGGCGCGGGUGGCCUACUCCUCGUACAUCUUCUCCCUGGUCACCCCUUCGCGCUACCAGCGCAUGGCUAGCUAUUCCCGCACCUCGGUCCUCAUGGGAGUCUUUGCCAGCUCCGUGCUGGGGCAGCUCUGUGUCACAGUGGGGGGCACCACCUUCACGACCCUGAAUUACAUAUCCCUGGGCUUCAUGUCCUUUGGGCUGCUGCUGACGCUCUUCCUGGAACGCCCCAAGCGCAGCCUCUUCUUCAACAGGAGUGAGCCGGUGUGCAAUGGCGCCUCGCCCUCUGAGCUGGACAAAAUGAACGCUGGGGCCGGGGAUCCAGCGUGGCACAAGGCCCCCACCUGGAAGAACAUGGUCUUUUUCCGGAUGUUAAAGGAGCUGGCGGCAUUUAUACGGCUGCCGCAGUUAAGACUUUGGUCCCUUUGGUGGAUAUUCAAUUCUGCUGGCUACUACCUAAUACUCUAUUAUGUGCAGAUUUUGUGGAAUGAGAUAUAUCCCACAAGAGACAACAGGAAAAUCUACAACGGAGCUGUGGAAGCUGCUUCAACGCUCCUCGGUAUAUAGAUCCUCCCCCACUUCCCGUUUGAGCUUGAUUAUAACCCCACCCCACCCCUUUCUCUCUCUGCUUUAUGCCCCAAAUAUGAAUUCAGAGCACCUAGCAGAGUCUCCUAGACCAUGGUCCUAAAGUACCGUAUUUUUCCAUCUAUAAGACACCCCCAUGUAUAAGAUGUCCCAUAUUUUUGGGGACUCAGAUUUAAGAAAAUGGGGGGAGAUGGCUCAGAUUAUAAGAUGCCCCCUAAUUUUUGACAUUCUUUUUUAGGAAAAAACCUAGUCUUAUACACAGAAAAUACGGUACAUUCAUGCAAAGGCAAUUUCUGCUAAAAUGACUUGGGUUUAAAGUAACUUCAGGUGAUGCACCUCAGGGAUCUCCCUGCAUGGAGAAUCUAGGCCAACCAUUCUACUAACCUUCCCCAACCGGGUGCUUGCAAGGUUGGUCUACAAGCAUGCAUUAUUGUGUGCUAAAGCUCAGGGAUAAUGUGCAUGCUCUGCAUGCAGGUGGGUAUAAGCUCAGUAUUUGCCAUCUCCAGCCAAAAGGGAUCGUAGGGUCACUGUCAACCAGAACAGGGAGCAGAUGCAGUAGUGGCUACACCUAAGAACUUGAUCAGUCUGGUGCCAGCAAGGAAGCUGUGCUUGGAAAGAGCACCGGCUUUCCCGAGUUGCCUCUCAUCUCUCUGGGUUUUACACUGCAGUUUCCCAGCUGGCAGCAUGUUUUGAAACAUCCUGUUAAGAGUUUUACUCUUUUCUCACACCCAGAAUGGUGGUUUCAUUUGCAUCAUCCUAAAAACCAUGCUAGAACUGUGGUGUAUACUUGGAUGCAUUGCAUCUCUGGUGCAAAAAGGCUGAUGCCCAUUAUAGGAAAUCUAUAAAUUAUGUUGAAAGUGACCCACCCCUUACCUUUACAGUUGGAUCCAGAGCAACUUGGUUACUAAACGUUUUUAAGGGCUUGUCUCAGGACAAGUUUCCCCCCUACUUCUGUGAGAGUUGCACUUUAUGAAUCUGAAUCCCAGUCAGUAUUGUCCAAAAAACAAAACCUUGCUUGCUAAAUCCAACUAGGAAGGGCAAAAAUUCCUCUCCCCAUGUACUUUUCAUUGCAGAACUGACAUAGAAAUAACUUGCUGCAUAGUCCUUCUAGGGCAGGGCAGGGGAACCUGUAGCCCUCCAGAUGUUUGAACUUCUGGCUGGGGCAAAUUCCAACAACAUCUGGAGUGCCAUCAUCUCCCCCCCUUCCCGCCGUUCUAGGACAUAUUUUUUUUGUCGUUUGUAUGGUAUGUCCCCAUUUUUCAGCUGCUCAGCUGUAUACAGUUUUAUUCCUGCAAACAAACAAAAAACUGUCCAGAACAUAAAAUAUUCCAAGAAAUUAUUGGGGAUGUUUUGGGUUUUUUUAGUCAUUGUGUGCAUGUUUGUAUCCUAGUGUAAAGUGUUGGGUUAAAAAUGUCUGAAACAAAAGGUGUUCAGGGAAGCAAAGGCAAGUGCCCAAAGAGAAAUUUCUUCCUCAAUUACCUUGGGCUUAAAAUAAUCUCCUUGGAUAUUUGGGGUAGAAAUUGUCCCUUGGGUUUUUCCAAACAAUGACUGUUCUGCUGUGCCCCUUGUUGCAAGUGCCGCUUUGGAGAGUGGAGGCCUUGCUGUCCAUACCUGGUCCUCUCAUCCAUAUCUUGACAACAUGUAUGUUUCUUUGCAGGUGCCAUCACCUCCUUUGCUGCAGGCUACGUGAAGAUCCGUUGGACGCUGUGGUCAGAGCUUGUGAUUGGUUUAGUGACAGCAUUCCAGGCAGGCCUCCUUUUGCUGAUGAACACUACUGCCAACAUCUGGCUCUGCUACGUGGCUUACAUCCUCUUCAGGGGCUCCUACCAGUUCCUUGUGCCUAUAGCCAUGUGAGUGGUGAGAACAACUUGAUGACUAGGCCUCCAUUAGUCAUGCUGGUGGUGAGGAACAUAAAGAUUAUUAUAUCCAUCAUUACCUGGAUAUAUAUCGUCAUUCUCUUUUUUUUUUUUUUUUUUUUUAAAUUGAUAUUUAUUAAAUUUUCAAAAAGUAACAAGUAACAACAAAAAUUUCCAAAAAAAUUUGAGAAUACAAAUAAAACAAAAAUAAUACAGAAAUAGUAAAGAAGAAAAAACCCAGCCGCAAAAAAAAGAAAAAAGAAAAACAGAAAAACAGAAAUAUAAAAUCCUUUACGAUCUCCAUUAACUUCCUUUCUAGACUUCCUCCUCCUUCCGUCUCUUGUUUCUUAGUAUUUAAUUUUUACAGCAAAUCCUUUCUGUUUUUCAUAACAAUCUAUCAUUGCGUUUCCUUAUUCUAUUUUCCCUCUUGUCAUAUAAAAACUUUAAAACUCAAAGCUUAUAUUCAAUAUUUAACAAAUUCUUACAUCAUUACCUUUUUUCAAAUCAUUUACCAAUCCUUACUUAAGUCAUAUAAUUUCAUUCAACAUCCUUCAAACAUUUAUAAACAUUCCCAAUAUUAGAAAAUAAGAAAGCAAAAACAAUAAGUCAGAUUCAAUCCAGUCAACUUCCAGCCUCCCUCCCCUGGACCCGGGAUUGUCAGUCCUUUUAACCUCAAUAAUCCGGCUCCUUAACCUGGUUGUCUCAUAUCCGAGGCCCUCAAGUCUCUUUCUUGCCCCUUUCGCCACUCUUGUUGAUAUUUCCCUUUCAGUCGUGGAUACUCCAGCAAGAAGAUGCUUUUGACUCUUUGCAGCAAGUCCAUCCCAAACCCAUUGCCCAAGCCAGACAGCAGAUAAUACCACUUCCAAUUUCCACGAAACUUGGAGACUUCGACUACUCCAUUCCUCUGAUGGCCCAUCACUAGACUCGGAAAGUCCAAAUAACCAUAUAGAGGGUGUCAAUCCAUCCCCCAUUUCCAAAUCUGACCACAUUUCAUCUUUCCGAAUCAGGUUUGUCCCAAGUUCAUUUAUCAAGUUCAAAGGCUGAUCUUGCCCAUCCAUAGGUCCCUCCAUCUCUGAAGCCUCCGUCGCUACAGCAGGUUCAUAUACUUGUAUAGACUUUAACUGAAUUUCAUUUGUUUGCUGCUGUGCUCUGGUAACUUCCGUCCUCAUCAAGGUCGACUCCUGACGCAUCUGGUCCAGCUGGGCACUUAAUUUUGCAAAACCUUCCAGGAACACUUGUUCAAGCCUUUGUACAAGCAUUGUCCUUCAAGGUCAGAAAAAAUUCUUUCCCACGAGAAUGAUCCUUCUCUUUUAAACUCUCUGCAUUGCAAUUUCACUCAGUUCCACUAGAUGGAAAACCCUUUUUUUUUUUUUAAGAGGGGGAAAAACAACAGUAACAAUCUUUCUUUUUCCAGAAACACUUUAUCCAAAAUUCCCCCUUUCAAAUUCAAGAGGCAACAGUAGAAUCAAAAUGUUACCCUUCUUUUAACUAUCUGUCGAGCUGGAUAAGCUUCAAAACGUCAGUUCUGACAGCCCGCUCCUGGUUCAGGGCGGUGGAAAAUUACUUUAUUUUAAACUCACUCCCGCAGGGUUGAAAAGAUCAAAACAACCCCCUUCUUCUCCUGCAAUCGAAGGGGGGGUUCAGAAAUCUUAGAUGUUGAAUUUUAGUUCUCUCAGAAUUUAGUUUCCAGGCUUUAGUAUAAUUUGUCUUUGCUUUCUUCACGUAACAAAAGAACGGAAGGCGACUUCCUGUUUAGACCUUUCCGUUCCGAGUCCCAAUUAAAUUCAAUUUCAAGUUCAAGUCCAAUGUUAUUUAUUUAUUCACCAAUCUUAAAAGUAGUUCAGCUCUUCCAGGAUCGGGUACUCACGGAUAGAUGUUUUAGAUGCCAAAUUGUCCAGGAAAAGGCAGCGCUCUCCGAGAACGGCAGUGCGGCUUUGCUGCACGGAGGAAGCAGACUACUCACAGCACCACGCACCUCCACUCCGGAGCCCGUUACCGGGCUCCUGUACAAGGGAGAGAGCGCUCUCGGUGCCCGCCGAGUCCCACGCCCACAGGCUUCUUCCGCCUGUGGUUUUACAGGGUCCCCGCUGCGCCGUAGCGGCAGGACCCAAGCCUCCGUGCAGCGGGUUCCCUUCAGUUCGAAGGGAAUUCCGCCAUUUUUCGGAGGCGCCACCCCGGAAGUCCUUAUAUAUCGUCAUUCUCACUCUUUUCAACAUGCAAAAAGAUGUGGGGUUUUUUUUUUGCAUGCAUACCCCAAUAUAUAGUAGACCAAAUUAGCUUUCUAGUAUCUGCUUUGCUAAAGGAGGGAUUGUAAUGCCAAUAAAUAUCCCCCCACCCUUGUAAGGAUGCCAAGAAUAACCUUUUGGUCCCAGGGUAGAUAUGUUGUUGAAGGCUUUUAGUAUUCAGCCUAGGUGAACAAGCUACGGUGAUUGCUGCUGAUGUUCUGAAUGAUAUUAGCUAAUUUGUUGGAAGUGCUAAGGCGGGGAUGGUUAACUAAAUACAAAGAACUGGAUUAGGCAGUCUUUAGCACUCUUCCAGGCCAGCAACUGUAUGCCUUUAACCAUUGGAUAUUUCACUAACAUCAGUGAUAAAAGUAUUACAGCUUCCCAAACUCUCCUCUUGGUGUAAACACUCCCAAGCUGCCUUCUAAGGCCAACACAAAAUAACCAGCAUUAGCCCUAUCUCUGUGCCAUCUUCGGCUUGUAAGUAAAAAUGCAUUGAUCUUUGGGAGUGCCUUGUUUGUCGGUGAUGCUGCAGCACACCAUCUGUGGCUGUGGUCCUGGGAUGGAGAACCUGUGGCCCUCCCUGUGGGACUCCCAAAGUUAUCACAGGGAUAACUGGCUUGGUCAAGAAUUCAUAGCAAUGUCACCUUUUGUCAGUAUCGGGACUGUGAACUAUCAUCAGCCCCAGGGAGCAUAGCCAGUGGUCUGGGAUCAUAGGAGCUGUAGUCCUUCAUUGUCUGGAGGGCCACAGGCUGGCCACCCUUGCCCUGAGCCAUAAAGCGACCCUCCCUUUUGUCCUUGGUGCCUUUUCAGUGCUUGCCAGCAGAACUGACCUGCCUUCCUCUCUUUCUCUCGCUUUGACCAAAGUUUCCAGAUUGCAGCUUCCCUGUCCAAAGAGCUCUGUGCCCUGGUGUUUGGAAUCAACACUUUUCUCGCCACAGUUCUCAAGACUGUCAUCACCAUCAUCAUAACAGAUAAGAGAGGUCUGGGUCUCUCAAUCCACCCUCAGGUAAGAAGCACAAGUUACACUGAGGCUUGCGGUAGUGGGCUUUUGACCGGUUCUAGCUGCCUUUGGGGCUUACUUUGUAGGUUCCUCCUAUGGAAGGAGGUCCUUUGAAUAAUCUGGUGAACCACAUAGUGGGAACUCAAAGAGACUUAUUUGUGGUGGAUCCUCUUGCCUUGCUUGGACCACUUUUGGCUGUUGACCCCAUUCUAUGUAUUGCCCAUCAUGUUCUGGAGUGGAAGCAGGGCUGGCAAAAACCAAAAGGCAUGUAAGCCAAGAAAAAUAGAACUUCUGUUCUUUAUCUUCCUUAUUUAUUUAUGUUAAGAGACGUAUGCCCUUGCUUUGGGUAAGUUUCUAGGGUGGCUAGCAGUCACUCAGUUCUGUCCUUUCCAAAAAAUGAAAGGUUUGUGCGAGAGCCUUAACACAGUGAUCCUGAGCACAUGCCAAAUCACAUGAUUUCAAUGGAACUUCUUGCCAAGCAAAGUUCUGCUGAGUUUACAGAACUACCCCCUAAGAAGAAGAAGAAGAAGAAGAGUUUGGAUUUGAUAUCCCGCCUUUCACUCCCUUUAAGGAGUCUCAAAGCGGCUAACAUUCUCCUUUCCCUUCCUCCCCCACAACAAACACUCUGUGAAGUGAGUGGGGCUGAGAGACUUCAGAGAAGUGUGACUGGCCCAAGGUCACCCAGCAGCUGCAUGUGGAGGAGCGGAGACGCGAACCCGGUUCCCCAGAUUACAAGACUACCGCUCUUAACCACUACACCACACUGGCUGUAACAUGUAAAUUGCUACUAAUCCUUGCCAUUUGCAGAUUUCUCUUACAUUGUCCUCAACAAAAGCUUCAUCCAUCCUGCAAGAACCGAGCUUAUAUUAUUAUUUUUUAAAAAGAUGCUGAUCUGGAAGCUGCAAAUGUAAUCUGUUCCCAUAAGGGCUGUCAUUGCUGGCUCAUGGCUGUGGUGGGCUUAAUAAAGCCUUGUAAUUACCCGCUGCUCAUGUGACAAGAUAAAAAAUGGUGGCAGUGCAUUGGAAUAGCAUGGCAGCAGGAUAUGCAUGUGUGUUUAAAUCUUCCUUAUUGGAAGUAGCGGGCACAGGUUGGAGAAAUAUUUGGUUGGGUUAGUUCAGGUAGACUUUAUCGAUGAGGCUGGAGGAAAAGCAGGGUGCCUUUUUUAGCUACAGUUCCAGCUUUAUGUAUGUCGCUGCAAAUGAGGUUGGCAGAUGCACAUCAUGUGGAGUUCCUGCUGUCAGAGAUGGGAUAUCAUUUUGACUUACGGUAGCUACAUAGAACAUUCCAGCUCAGGUGCUGUGUUCUGGCAAACAGAACGCAGUGGGGGACAAUUGCUGUUAUGCCUGUAUGUGGGAGCUUGAGGGGAAUUUUCACCUGGCUGGCCGCUAGAGUAGAUGGACCCCUGAUCCAGUGGUGCUCUUCCUGUUCUUUAAGCGUUUCCCUCCUAGCUCUGUUCUGUGCUUCUGUGGGCUGCUGACCAUUUCUGAUUUUUGAGUGCUUUGGAGGAAAAUAAGGCACAGGGCCUCAACACAUCAUAUCUCCCCCUCUCUCUUUUCCAGUUCUACAUUUACUUCGGCUAUUUCACGCUCCUGACAGUGGUGUAUCUUUCUGCAUCUGUGUAUGUGGCUGUGAAGCAUAAUGGAUGCAGGAAACCUCCAGAGGAAGCACCACCCAAGGAACUCAGCAUGCCAGUUGAGGACAGAGGCACAGAGCUGACUAACUUGGAAGUCUGAGAAAACGGUGGAUGGGGAAGAAAAGGAGCUGGCCUACCUGUAUACUCCCAGCUGGGAUGUAACACAGAGAACUCCCAUGUUAAUCAGCACUUAGAAGCAUCUCAGCUUUCCAGAGUAUCAGAUCACUGCAGAAGGAAAAGGCCUUCCUUAACUUUAGGGCUUGUGCAUCAGCAGCAUGCAACCAGACGACUGGAUUUCCCCCCAGUCUUGGUCAUGUGUGUGGCAUAGGCUCCUGAGCUCAGGUGAGAUUAUGGAGACAUUUGCCAGUGUUAUGGUUGGCACUUGGUAAUUUUAUGAAUGUAGUUUUAAACACUGAUAAUACUCUGCACGCUUUCCCCUCAGCCUUUAAAAGAAGUCAACAGCAAGCAAGAUGGAUGCAGGUACUUUAAAAAAAAAAUACAAUAGUUUUACUUUUUAUAAAACAAUCAAUUUGUUACCAGUAAAUAUACUCUGCUGGGAGUUAUGGAUUGUAAUAUUUGUUGAAACUUUCCUCCUAAGAAAAUUGAGCUCCUUCUCAUAUUUGUCUUCAGCGUUAUGCUUAAGAAAACAGGACUGAGAGUAAGGCUGCCAACCUAACUCACGUCCUCUCAUCCAUUUGGGACAGUGAGUGGGAAACACAAUGCGCUUUUAACAAUCACUUUAGAUCCUCUGGAGGAACAUAAUCCUUGGAAAGUAUACACUUGCAUUUUGUUCUGACUUGUAAAUUCUUGUUCUCUUCCACUUUCCCCACCAAAGACGGCUGAUUUUCAAAUACCUUCACUGUCGCAUACUAAUUUAUACUGGCCGCAGUAGUAUGCUCAGUGGGCAUUUGAGAGGUAGGUGGGAGUGAUCAGGUCUUUAGCAGAGUCCUGAUGACUUUCCAACUAGCUUGGACUUUUCAUCUGGUUUUGCCUCCAGGGGCCAGUUCCACGAAUCCUGCUAGACCUGUAGGUCAUGGGUGGUAAGUCACACAGUGGCUGCUUAACAUAAAAUGGCGGCCAUAUGAAAAGGAGCAUGGCCACAAAAAGGUGUAGCCGUGCCCCCCCCCCCCCCCAAUCAGCCCAUAGGCACUCGCUUGCUCAUGGAAAGCUCUUUGUGAUGCUGUUCUGUUCAGAAGGGAAGGUGAAAUGUGUGCUGGGAGUACAUUCAGUGUAGGAAGACCAAGUCAGUGCAAACAGAUAUUGAACAGGAAGAGCAAACAGUCUGUUAUUGUGUAUCGUGGAUUUUUUCCCCAGAUACCACGCUGGUGGGCCUGUGAGUGCCACACUGGCACUUCCAGCCUAAAAGGCGGUUUUCCCAUUCUCCUGGAGCAAAUGGAGUCAGGGUUCAGUUCAGGGACGUAGACAGAGCCCUCUGAAAUUCCAUGCAAAUGAACAACAACAAAUAACAAGAGGAUACUUUCCUUUAUUCAGUGCCUUUAGAAAACAGUUUAUAGAACACAACACACAACUGACAAAGAUAUAGAGAUCCACAGGCUUUUAAAAUUGCAUUAAAAAUUUCACAAAAUACAGUAGACAGUAAUAAACUGAUUGUGUGACUUGCACAGGCUCCCUCUCCCUCCCUCCCCAUCUGGUAAUAAAAUUUCAGAAAGACAAUCAAUGAAAGCUAGGUAGAAAUUUAGCACCUUGGUUUGUCAAAACAGACUCAAGCGCUCAGACAUUAAUGUGUUUAAAACAGAACUGAUACACAGCAAUCAUCUGCCUGGCCAAGGCUUCUGGCACUGAAGUGGAAGGGCUGUGAUGGAGGGAGAGGUACCAGAAGCUCAGUCACAGUUAAGACCAGAAGCAUGGCUUCCUUCACUCUGCAUUCAGCUCUAAAAUGGCAAAAUACUGCUUGCCUACCUGUGCCUGCACACUAACAGACAGUGACUAGUGUGAACUCUAGUCCUUCCCCCUCGAAAAUGUCAGCACAGUGCCAUUCUGCUCUGAUGCGGCAGAAGAAAUGCUGGAAAAUACAGCUAUUAGAAAUGGCUUGGUUCUGGUGGUUCCUGCCACAGUGUAUUGGGAACAGAGGAGAGAAAUGAAAGGGGUCAAUACUGGACAGAGAUGGUUCUUAAUUGCUUAAAUUUUGUAUUAUCUCUUAUUUUGGAGCAGUUGCUAAUAACAGAUUCCAGAUCUGAGACAUUUAGGAGAACAUUCCUGGCUGGAGGAUUAUAAAUCUGAUCACCUGCUACAAACACAGCUCGCUAUAGGUCCAUCUGUUCUUCAGGGUCUCAGGUAGGACACUUUCACCUCACCUGUUACUUUACAGUGGAGGUGCCAGGACUUGAACCUGGGUCCUUCUGCAUGCAAAGCAUAGGUUCUGCACCACUGGGCUUUGGUCACACUUCUGAUAGGUUAAAGCAACAGAGGGUUCUGAGACUAGCAUGACCCCCAAGGCUUCAGCCAGGAGGGCCUGCCACUUUUGCACUGACUAACCUGUUCUCUUUGAAUAGGGCUAGUAGAGGCAUCCUCUAUGGAGAAUGGAGGAAGGCAGGGCAAGUAAAGUAUAAAAAUGUAAAAAAACAAACAAACCACAAAUCCAAAUACUGAUUGUUACAACGGCAAGCAGUUUCUUCUUCCAUUAUGGCCUGUAAGGAGACUGGCUGAGGCAAAAGUCACUUAGGAGGCUGUUAACACCUCUAGUUCUCUUUUAGAGCUAGAGAAUGUGAAAGGGCUGGGUGGGGGAAGAAGCAAAGGAGAGAACUGCUUGAAGGUUCAGUCUCGCUGCCCUGGGCAUGUUGUCUCAGCAAAGGAUACUUUCAACUCUGCAGCAAAAAUUGCAACCAGCUAUGAAGAGUGUUGUUUGCAUCUAUGUUUGGAAAUAAUAAGGCAUUAUGCCGGUUGGUGAGUCAAGCAGAGAUAAGGGAGUGUAUUUUCUGCAAGCCCAUAUAUUACUCUCCGGGGGGGGGGGGGGCAGACAAUCAAAUUCCUGGUCUCUUUGGCAGGAUUCCCCCCCCCCCUUGAUACUAUGCUGGGCACACAACAGAAAAGCCACCUCAGUGUUUACAGAAAUCUUAAUUUUGAUGAUUAUGCACUGUCCAGCAGGGUCUAAGCUUGUAUUAUUUAGCACCAUGUCCCCACUAUAAGGCAGGCAGUGCCACGUUAUUGGGUUGUGUAAUGCAGAAACACCUGCAGCGCUAUAUUGACAGUAAGGGGGAUGCUGCUGUUUGAGGGCUACCUUAUGUUAAAUCAGCCACAAUAAAUAGACUUUCUGGCUUAUCCC